UGGGUGUUUCCCAUCGGGCCUUGCGGCAGCGGCGGCGCGGGCUGCGGGAAUGAGGUAAAGGCGGGAGGGGCGGGGGCGCGCGGCAGGAAGCUCGGCGGCCAGGCGGCAACGGCGAGCGGAGCACAGCGAGCCCGGCCCCAUGGCGGACACUAAGGAAACGCAUGAUGAGCAUGAUACUUCAACUGAAAAUGCAGACGAUUCUAACCAUGAUCCUCAGUUUGAGCCCAUAGUUUCCCUUCCUGAGCAAGAAAUAAAAACUCUGGAAGAAGAUGAGGAAGAACUCUUUAAGAUGCGAGCAAAGCUAUUUCGAUUUGCAUCCGAGAAUGACCUUCCAGAAUGGAAAGAACGAGGAACUGGUGAUGUAAAACUCCUAAAACACAAGGAGAAGGGGACAAUUCGCCUUCUCAUGAGGAGGGAUAAAACCCUAAAAAUCUGUGCAAACCAUUAUAUCACACCUUUAAUGGAGCUGAGGCCUAAUGCUGGGAGCGACAGGGCGUGGGUCUGGAACACACAUGCUGACUUUGCAGAUGAAAGCCCCAAACCUGAACUUCUGGCAAUCCGGUUUUUAAAUGCAGAGAAUGCACAGAAAUUCAAGGCAAAAUUUGAAGAGUGCAGGAAUGAAGUAAACCAGAAAGCAAAGAAAGCAGGCACAGACAAAAAUGAUAGCGCUGAUAAAGUUGCUGAAAAACUAGAAGAGCUUUCUGUAAAGGAGGAGAGCAAAGAAUGUGAGAAGAAAGAGAACAAGGAAAAAACUGAAGAAAAGCAAUAAAUCUGGGCCUUGCAGUUUUCCUUUUUUUUAUUUCCUUUUUUUUCCCUUUAUUUCCUUUUUUUUUAGGUUUUUUUUUUACAAGGGACUUUAUAAGGAACUGAAUUCAACAUUCAGGUUAUUUUUUUUCUAAGCUUUUAUCCUUUUGAAGAUGUCUUCAGAAAAAUCCAUUCCCCAGUCAUGAAAAUGUACUGUGCUAACUUUCUUUUCCAUAGUGGAAACACUUAUUUAUAGUCAUCCAAAAGAGUGAAUAAAACAAACUUGAAAAUGGGAUCAGAGGACAGAACUGGGUUUUCUAUGUACUUUAAGAGCUUAUGAAUACACUUAUUUCAUUGGAUGUUGAGAUGCAUAUCAUCAUACCUGUGGAUUAACUAGGCUAACAGGGAAGAUUAAGAUUAUAUACAUGUUUUUUAUGUGGCUUCUAAAACUGUAAUAUAACAGAGCCUUCACACUUUCUGCUGCGUGUUCCUGAGCAGGGAAUGUGUCUGAUUUUUGAUGUGCAACAGACUUCUGGAAUCGGGCAAUAGAGCAUUCCUGCCACUCUUUUAAUGGUGUUCCAUCAGACAGUGAAGAUAAAGGUAGGGGGGAAAUGUAUUGUGUGAGACUUGAAGUAUUUUCCUCUUACAAGACAAAAUCUCAGUUUACCUCAUGCCCCAUAAAUUCGUUAAAUGCUUGACUCUAGCACAAAGCUGAUGCUGUGGUCCCAGAUCUUUCAUUAUGUGCUGCUUGCUGCCUGAAGUCAGUGGCAGCCUCUUGUAUUAAGGUGUAUACAAAGGAAUCUUAAUUGUUUGAAUACCUUACUAUGAGAUUCCUUGUGUCAUCACAUCAUAAAAGUUGUACUUUAAAAUCUAUAGCUUUUUUUUUCAGUGCUUUGGACCUUGCAUUGUUUUUACAAACCAGAGGGGUUCUGAACUUUUAAGAUGAGUGUUGGAACAGUUAUGUUGUACACA